UAAAACCGACGCUCCUGAAGACGUCGAAGCCGCUCAGAGGCUUUGGGAAUUCGAUUGCGGUAUGUUCUUCAACCCGAUGUUCAACGGUGACUGGCCCGACAUCGUCAAGGACAGAGUAGCCGAAAGAAGCAAAGCCGAAGGUCUGGCUAGCUCCCGUCUUCCCGCAUUCACUCCAGAAGAAAUCGAGUUCAUCAAAGGAACGUCCGAUUACAUUGCCAUUAACCACUACACCUCUAUGAUGGUAGCCAACGGCGUUGAGGGCACUUACAGCAAAACCGACUACAACUUCGACACCAGGGCUGUGACCUCCAACCACCCCGAUUGGGAUGAAUCUUUCGUCGGCUGGGCUCUCGUCCCGUCUGGUGUCAGGGAGCUGUUGAAGCAUCUUAAGAAAGCCUACGGAGACGCUCCCGUUAUCUUCGCCGAGACGGGUCUCCCCGAUGACGGUUCCAGUUUGGAAGAUGACCUUAGAAUUCAAUAUUUCCACGGAUACUUCUGCAACAUUUUG